AUGUCCCCCUUCCCGCUUUGGUCUCGCCUACCCGUCGAGCUCGUCCGCGAGAUCCUCGCGCUGGCCGCGAGCGACAGUCCACGCGCAGCGGCGCAUCUCUGCCUGGUCUCGCGCAUAGCCAGACAUGCGGUUCUCCCAGUUCUCUACCAAUCCAUACACCUAUCCCUCCCUCGCCACGUCCACUCACUCACCUCAACGCUCACUACCAACAACCCGCCAUCAACCCUCAUCCCAAUCCCACGCUCACCCAUUCGAUCACUAGCACUCUCCUUCCCUCCAGACCCUCCCUCUCUCAGAUUAUCCUUAGCAAGCAUCGCCGAAACAGGCGCGUUCGACCGCGUCAAGUACCUCGCGAUUCGCGCCGACUUUCUCUCGACGAGGUCGACGUUCUCUUCCGGAUGGAUCGAACACAUGAAGCCAGAAACCGUGAUGUUAUUUGACGUUAGACCUAUGGCGCGCCGUAGCGGUAUCACCGUCCAGUGGACAUCACCUGUGUUCGAACGCGUGGAGACGUUGUACACUUGCACGAUCGACAGCCUUUUCCCUCCCCUUUACGAUCUCGCACCGCCUCUGUCCCCCACACCACCGCAGCCCCUCCCGUCCCUCCGUCGCCUGGCGCUGACGGCCCACGCAGACUGGGCCGAAACGCCGGUGAUACAGUUUUGCGCGUACGCGGCCUGUGUGCUCUAUGUGUACCCGUACCUCGAGGUAUUGUGCGUGCGUGUCGUUGUCCCAGAACACGUGAGCGAUGCUGCGGAGAAGGCGAUGAGGGAGAUGUGGGAGGAAUGUAUUGGGGAGCUUUGCGACGAUGGAUGCGUGGAGAUUGCGUGGCGCGCGCGGGGCGCGUGCGAUGAAUGGACCUCCGUGAUCACAGCCAGUGCUGAGGAUGCGUGGCCUGCACCUCCCCCUGCACUCGGCGCUUUACGUCCACAGAGAUCUAGGUCAGAAUCAGAAUGGUACCUUGAUCUUUCCCCGCCUCUCAUGCCACACGCGCAUCCACGCGCACACGCGCCCAGAAACGAUGUAGCGCGGCCUCGGUCAUCACCCCUUUCUCAUGCUGUAUAUCUCUCUGACGAGGAGGUCGGGGAAUACGACCCAGAUUACGGCGUACUUUGGGACUCGGACUCGGAUUAUGACGACGAUGAGGAAGGGUCCGGUUCUCAGGGCUCCGAGGAAAGUCUGUCGCUCGAGGCGACGCUGGGUUUGGAGGAUACGGUUUUAUGA